CAACCGUCAAGCGUCACUACCACCCUGCACUCUCCACGAGUGCGCAGCAAUUCUUUUCCGCUCCUGGUAGACGUAACAAAAAGCCCCCUUUUUGCUACAACCCUGCACGUUUGCAAUGGGGAGUUGUUUAUGUUUAUGGAGCACAAUAAUCAUAAACGCGUGCAUCUGCCGCCUGCGCGUGCCGUAGCGGAGCUGGGACGCGUCCAAGCCGGGAGGAGAGCAGCCGCAGCCACCGCUGACUUGUGGAGCCAACAUGGCUGAGGACGACAGCGAGUGGGUGGUGGAGAGCAUCGUGGGCUACCUGGGAAGUCCCGAGUGGGUCAUUCCAGUCACGGAUUUCAUGGAGCACAAAUGCACAGUGUUUGACGAUGAAGAUGAAAAUAAGUUAGCGUACACGGAAAUCCAUCAGCAGUAUAAAAAGUUGGUUGAGAAGCUAUUGGAGAAUUACAUGCAGGAGGUGGGCAUCAACGAGCAGCAGUUUUUGGAUGCGUGCACCUCCCCCUUUGCCAAGUCCAAAACAGUGCAGUCUGUGUUCCAACCCGUCCUGGCCACAGAUGACUUCCAAAUUUUCCGCUCGCUGAUGGUCCAGAAGAACAUGGAGCUCCAGCUUCAGGCCCUCCGGGUCAUCAAAGAGAGGAAUGGGGCGCUUCCCGAUUGCUUGACUGACGGUGAGGACGUGAUGACGGAGCUGCAGCAGCAAGAGAUGAAGAUCCUACAGGAAGUCCUCAAAAAGUCCAAAGAGGAAUACGAGGAAGAAAUGUCGUGGAGGUUGCUGCUGGACGAGGAGCGUGCGUGUUCGACGUCCGCCAGCGAAAUCCAAGAUGUCGUCUCUGCCAAGCCUGACCACAUUGACGCAAACGCCCACAAAGCACAAAGGAUGAAUGGGAAGAGCGCAGCCCUGCAGUCCAAUCAGGUCAAUGGCAAAACAUCAGAAACCGCCGAGAACAAGUUGGCAGUUGCAGCUGAUGUGAAGCACGUGGAAAAAAGCAGCUCCUCCUCGUCAUCUUUGACUCGCGCCCCCGGCGGAGUCAGUACCGUGGAGUCUCGGGUCCUCCCGCCCGUGAGAGCCCCCGUCAGCGCCGAGCAAUCCUGGCUGGAGGAAGCGCGCAGGGAGGCCGGCUUCGCUCAGCCUUACACUGAGCUGUCAGCAUCUCAGCAGGAGCAUCUCCAGCAGAGGGCGGCCUACUUACGUGAGCAGCGCGACAAGCUCCACGCUCUGAAAAAGGAGCGAACCGCCAAGCAGACGCCCGAGCAGGAGGCACCUUGCGCUCCCUCCUCGCCCGCGCCUCCUCCACCAUCAAUUUCGACGGAGGAGCGCAAGAAGUUGCAGAAGAGAAAACAUCUGGCAGAUAAGCUGAAGGAGGAAGUCAUCAAGAAAUGAGCUCCGUGUGCAGUAUGAAUGCAAUCACGUGUAUUUAUUUUCUUACCAAUGGGGAUGCUCACCUUCGUUCUCCUGUUAGACGCAGUAGCCUCACAGAGAUCUUCCCGGAUGAGAGACGAGCCGCUCUGCCGCUUUCUGCGGUAGAACCGGCCGGGUUUUAGUGGCUUGGACCCGCAAAUGUGGUCGUUUCGGCUUGAGCGUAUUCAGAGUGAUUUGGGGUCAGAAUGGGCUGGUAAAAAGCCAGCUUAGAUGGCAGUGCCGUAUUGUUAUUAUUAUUUUGUAAUUUUUUUUUUUUAAACCACAAAACACAGCGCGUGACCAUCAAGGAAGAAAUGUUUGGCAACAAAGAUGAGGCGAGUGUAUUAAUAUUGUAAAGGCCGUUAGAAAUUCGAAAUUAUUGUUGAGUCAUUUCUGUCCCCGCUGAAAUAUACUGUACUUUGCUGCUGGCUUAUAUGUGGACUGUGUGAAAGCAGUUAGUGACGUACAAAAAGAUUUUUUUUUUUUUUAAGUGCCGCAUGUUUGUCAAGCUUUUCCGGACCUGCCGAUGUUAUCGCGUCCCUAAAACAACAGUGUGAAUUGCAUGUAGCCAAAUGCAAAAGUACGUCUGCAUCGCGCUCCCGCAGUAGCUGCCAACCGUGUCUCAAUGUUGUAAAACUAGUGCUAUGGCGCAUACCUUUUCAUGCAAAAUAUGGAGCCACCGGCAUGGCAAUGUACAGAAGUUUGGAGAAGUCACGAUGCCGCAUGCAAUAUUCGAUAUACUGUGCUCGUGAAUUAAUCACCCAUUUGUAGACCGUGUUAUGUUUGUCUUUUUUCCGUGCUUCCAAUACAGGAGGGUUGCCAGAGAUUUGGCUAAUUCGUCGCUCAGUAACAAAUGAGACUCCAUUCAGUGUUUGUACAAAAAAUGUAUCUAAUGAGAUUGAAAUUCAAUUCGAGCUACAAAGUGGUCAAAGGAAUCAACAGUUGCUUUUAAAUUACUGUAAUCCUCUUGCACAUUAAAUGUGGACUUAGCAGUGUUA